AUGUCUGAAAAAUUUGAAAUCUUCAACCUGGAUAUGAAGACUGGGGAUACCCUGAAGGUCAAGGGCAAGAUAUCUGAUGAUGCUGAUGGGUUCAGCAUCAAUCUCGGCAGCAGCUCCUCGGACCUGGCAUUUCACUUCAAUCCCCGCUUCAAUGAGUCUGUCAUCGUCUGCAACUCCAGGCGCUCCAAGGCCUGGCAGGCAGAGCAUCGUGAUAAGCACCUCUGCUUCUCCAAGGGCUCCACUACCAAGAUCAUCAUUGAAAUGUUGGAAGACAAAUUCCGAGUGAAACUACCAGAUGGGCAUGAAGUGCAUUUCCCCAAUAGGCACUCCUAUGAUAAGAUCAGCUACAUGAGCGUCAAGGGAGGCUUCAGGGUCACCUCCUUCAAGCUGGAUUGA